AUGGAGGAGACGGAGGCGGACGCGGAGGAGGAGGAGGAGUGGGGAUGUUUUCGAUGCCACAGUAUCAAUCACGAUGGUGGGUCACCGACCAAAACGACGCUUGAGCAAGGGGAUUCGAUUGACGAUUCUGAAUUCUCCCGUGUCGAGCAAAUGGAACGCACUCAUCAACCUGCUCGCCCGAAAAAACGUCUCGCUUGCGACGCCUGCCACAGGCGCAAGCUGCGGUGCUCCAAAGAUCCCAGCGGAUGCAGUCGAUGUGUACGGGAGCGGCUCACCUGCAUCUAUAGCCCUGCCCUCAAGGUCGGGCGCCCGAGUAAGGCCUCCGAGGCCUUGCAUAGUAAUAAUAAUAAUAGACAGCUGGCCUCUCCUCCAGAGGCUCUGAUUUCCGACUUCUUCCAUUUCCCAGACGACGAUGACGAUGUUACUGCUGCUGCGGCCGCCGCAGCGUUCGGAUUGUCGACCAUGGCGGCCUACACGGAGCCUCUCGAGGCACUCGGGCACCAGACUGCAACGCUGUUCGAGUCGCUCGGGCAUUCGGCGUCCUCGAACCACAACCACUACCAGGACCAUGCGCCCGGUGCGCAUGGUGAGAGUGGCACCUGGCGAGCGGAUAACGAUAAUUCUCCCGUAGGAUACCCUCACGCAUCCGCAGUCGAUCCUCAGCUGUCAUCGUGCUCCGUAGGACCGGCGGCCAAUCCGUCUCACACCAUAAUUACGCAUACAACGGAACUGCUCUCGCGCCUGCAGCAAGACGUUCUCCGGUAUAAGUCCGCCACGUACGGCACCCAAAGAGACAGCAAUGCCUCCUCCUCUUCUCCGUUAUUGUCGUCGUCAUCGUCACCGCCGUCCUGGCGUGGCAGACCUGUAGAGGUGGCCCUGAAGCCCGCACAAGAGACGCUGGAUAUCAUCAUCGACCUCCUCCUGAAUGCCCAUGGGGAGAAUGAGCAGAACGCACAAUCGCCCCCCUCGUUUGAUUGGCAGACUGCCUUACACCUGGUCCUCUCGCCGGCUUCCGUGCUCCUCUCCACGUACAGUGAGAUCGUGCAGGAUCUCCGAACCGUCACGACGCCACUCUGUUCAUCGUCAUCUAUGUCGAUCGCCUCGAGUACGUCACGCUCGCGUCCCUUGAAUUCGAUCGGGUUCCGAAUAGGAGACUUACAGUUUCACGGGCCGCUGCAAUUGAUUCUCCUGGCGACGGUGCUCCAGUACCAUCUCAGUCAGUUUGGUCACACUUUGGAGACGUUUCGCAAUAAGCACUUGGACUCCAUCAAUUCGAGUAUUGCAGGGAAUCUGUCGUCAUCUACAGUAUCGGGGCUACAGUCUACCAUUGAACACUUAUUAUCCAAAGUUAGAAAUAUUCUACAGAGAUCUCCCGACAACUAA